GAGUGUCAGACGGUAUAUUUUAUCGUUAUCGAUAGAUCCAACCCCCCUGCCAAAGCUGCUGCGAGACGUGCAUUGAAAAAUCAAAUCAAGCUUGAAAUAUGCGUCUGUCGUCGAUUUUGAACGGAGCCCACUUCGGCAAUCUUGCCAAGGUGCACGGCAUUGUCACCUACAAGCUGUCGCCCUUCGAGCAGCGCGCCUUUGCCGGUGCCAUCAGCAAUGGAGUGCCCAACAUGGUCCGUCGUUUCCGCUCCAAUAUCUUCAUUGUGGCCCCCCCUUUCAUCGUUGGAUACCUGAUCUACGAUCUGACCGAGCGCAAGCACACCGCUCUGCUGCGCAAGAACCCCGCUGACUACGAGAACGACCAAUAAGCAGGACUGUUCGACUGUUCGUCUUCACACACUAGCAAAUAGUUAUGUUAAACUAAUUAAUAAAACUAAACCCACAGUUCAAGAGA